CCGGCUUCCCGCACCGUGAAGACGCAGCGAUGCCCCAGCAGCAGAGGGAGGACCCGUCUCCGUCUCCGUCUCCGUCCCGCCGCCUCGGCCUGGCAUCCCUCCGCCUCCAGACACUGAAGCCCGGCCACGACUUCCCAUGAGGCCACCACCAGAACUCAGCUCGACCGCUCUGUAUGGGGCCUCUCACAUAUGAAUUGACAUGGAGGAUGAAGAUGGGACUUGUCUACUUGAUGUUUUGUGUGACCCCCAAGCCCUGAACGACUUCCUUCAUGGGACCAAUGAGCUGCAGACUGAAGACCUGCUCAUUAACUCCUCCUCUGGGGAGCCCUCCCUCUUCACAGAUGCCCCGAGCCCAGUCUCUCUGCUGGGAGAUGGCAGGGAUUCCCCAGACACACCUCCACCUGGGUGUGUGGAUCUGUCCUUCCUGGAGGAGGCCCUCCUGUCAUCGCCGGAGGGUGGAGAAGACCCACAGGUGGUGCAGGGUGGGACACCUGUGGAGGCUGGAUUUGAGGCAAAGAAGGGAGAGGUGGAGGAAGCGGAGGAGGCAGAGGUGGCGUGUGAUAUCCUCCAGCAGAGCCUGCAGGAGGCUGAGAUCACAGAGCAGACCAUGGCUCUGGAGGCAGGUCUGGCCCAACCUGGGGACAGCCUGUCGCUGUACUCACCUGCCCCUCUCCUCUCCCCACCCACCGUACCAUUCAUACCCAAGUCUGUGACCUUGCCCAUCACCCAGGCAUUGCCCAGGGACACCCAAGCAGCAGUGGAGCCCCCGCAGCCCUCCCUCCUGGCUGUCGGGCCAGGCUGCCCUUCUCUAAAACCUGCUGCCCCUCCUCAGCUGAUGGGGCUCCUGCCUGGAAACGUGUUCCCUGCUGCUUCUCCAGAGACCUCCUUCUCUCUGAGUCCUGCCCAGGCGUCCAGUAUGAUCAUCCACAAGGCUGUUCCCAGUAUGACCAGUCGCCCUCUUAUCACCCCAACCCUGAGAGCAACAGCAGCAGCAGCACCGGGCAUCGUCCUGCAGCGUGCCCCUCUUCCCAUUCAACCCAAACUGCCUAUCAGCAUUCAGCCCAGACUGGUUCAAAUUAGCCCCAAGCCUUCUGGGCCAAAACACACUCCAGGUCUUACAUUUGUCCCUGGGACUGCCUCACCAAAUAUUUUACUCUCCCAACCUCCAGGCCAAAAGCCUGCAGCUCCUCCGCAGCAGCCCACCCAGCAGCUCCCCAAACCAGUCAGCCUGCAGCUGGUCAACCAGGGCGGCUCCUUUGUGCUGCAGCCUCAGGGACUCUUCCAAGGCCAAAACCAGUUCCUUCUUCCAGGCCAGUCCCCUGUUACGAUCUCCCAGUCUGCCAGUGCAGCUCGACCGCUGCUGACCCCCAGUCACCAUGGCCCGUCUCUCCACAGUGUGAAUCCCUCAACUGGGCAGCUGGUAGAAGGCUCUCAGAUCCUAACUGUGCCCCAAAGACAGCUGAACUUCAGCCCCGUCUUCACCACGCCUUCAGGGCAGCUAGCGCUCCGCCAGGCCACUGUGCUUUCAGGACCUUUGCAGCUACAGUCAGCGCCCCCUACUGUCUUCCAGAUGCCAGCGCAGCUGGCUGGAACCUACACUCCAGGAGGGCAGGGGCAGCGUACCACCCUGGUCCACAGUCCUGCUCUUGGAAACCACAUUACCUUGAUCAACAGUUCAGGGGUGCUUCCCCCAGAUCUCACUUCCAUCUCGAUCGUCAACGGCCCCUCAGUAGUUCAGGGGCUGCCUUUUGCUGCACAGGCCCCUGCUCCUCAGACAGGAGGAGUGACAGAAGGACAGCUGAGCCUCCAGCAGGCCUCCGUGGUACUGCUGCCAGAAAGAGCCAUUCAAGAGGAGAGGAGCAGCUCAGAGGAGACGUUCCACCAGCUACCACAGCCCUAUGGACAUGUCCUCCAGCACGUCUCGGUGCAGCCCACCUCUGCAGGGCUGCAGUCCUCCUCUCCUCCUGUAGUCACAGUCCUGCAGCCUCCCCCUGAACCUCCUCUGGCCCCCGAUCCAGCUGUGGAGAUCCCUAAACUUUUGAUGCCCCCAGCAGACAUGACCCAAGUAAUGGAGGAGGUGACGCAGUCGAUGAGUCAGAACGAGGCCUUUAUGCAACAUCUGCAACAGCAAGCACUUAGUUCUCCUAUCACAUCUGAACUGUUGGUUGGAGCGCUGCCGGUAGUGCCGAUGGAGUCGCUGGCGUCCCCGGUGGCCAAUGAAAGAGAGACCCAGCCACAGACCCACACAGUCUCCGGUCAGGACGCCCACACUGUGAUGUCUGACCAGUGUGUCGAGGCCUCUCCACUUCACUCAAACCCAGAGGACACACCGCUGAUCUGCUCCUCCCCUCCCGUUCAGGACUCAGAGAGACCAGCUCCGACGAGUUUCUCCCCUCAAAUCACUCUGCCUGGUCCCGAGAGUUCGGUCCCUCAGAUCACAGCCCCCCAGCCUCGCAUUGAGCCCCAAGUCCAGUACCAGGUUCCCCAUCAGCUCCAGGUCUCACAGGCCUUAUUCGCCCAGAACCAGGUGCAGAUCCAGUCAUCUGUCUCCCAGCCUCCGGUCCAGCUCCAGGUCCAGGUCCAGCAGUCGUCUGUCUCCCAGCCUCAGUCCUCGGUCAACCCGUCAGUCCACAGCAGUCCCCCCCCUCUGCGUGUCUCGGUGCCUCAGCAGCAGCCUGAUCCCACGGCUGCGUCUGCUAGUCUCUCCAAAGGAGGAGACGACUCCGCUGUCCAACAGCACACACAAAACAAGCCAACAGCUGCCUUGGUCGUGGAGAGUAAACCGUUUACUCUCGAUGUCCAUCCACCCUCUCCUGCAGCCCAGGGUGUCCAGGCUCAUGGGCCCCCGGCCCCCAGAGAGUGUGCCCCCAUCCAGACGAGUCAGCAAACCAGCACCAAGCUGGCAGGUCCUCUGGAGCAGCAGAGAGAGGAGAGGCUCACACCAGCAAUGCGCAGGCACAGGUUCCAGCAGCAGAUCUGUUUGGACCACACAGCGGUUCAGACCCCCUUCACCGGCCCGGCCUUUUCCACACUGAAGGACGCUGUUAGGCGCCUGCUGCCGUACCACACCUGCGCCGGUUACCUGCCCACUCAGGAUGACUUCAAUUUAGUGGACCAGGAGUUUGACACUGUGUCUGGUUUCCUGUUGAAACGCACCAAGGACAUGGUCAACAAAUACAGGCAGCUACUAGUUAGAGAAGCCCAGCAGGAGAGUCCGUCAGCAGAGAUGGUGAUGCUGGAGCGCCUCUUCCUCCAGGCUGAGCGAUGCGCUUUAGCGGAGGACAGACGGAGAGUCCGCAGAGACCCAGAAUCAUUCAUGACGGCCUUGGCUACAUCAGCGUCUUCCCCCCACGGUGCCCACUCCUCCGGCCCCUCCCAGCUGUGCUCCUCCGGCAGCCCCUCCUCCCCACCAGCCUGGACCAGACUGUCCGACCGGCCCCCGGGACUGAAGACGUACCGCUCCAGCUCCCGCGGGGCUCUCAGGCUCACCAUCAAGCAGGAGUCCGGCUCCCGUAAGGUUGUUCACAACUCGGCCUGCGACCCUGGACUCAAGAGGGACCACAUGGGGCAGCUGACCAACGGCGGCGGAGCUGUGAAUGAACGCCACUCUCAGGCACCCAACGGAGCACCCCAGUGUCCUCAGCAUGAUGAGGAGAUCUCCAACGGAGCUCUGCCUUGUAACACCGCAGAGGAGGUCCCACAGACAGCACCCAUUUCCAAAAUAAAAGCCCCAAACCCUCUUUCUAUGCCAGAGCCACAGGUUGGUUGCUUCGAGUUGCCUCCCAGAGAUGUCAGCGCCCCGAAACUGAAAUGCUACAGGUUGGAUGCAUCCCCCCGCCCGGAGCAGCGGUUCAGCCCGCCGCCUCCCCCCCUCCAAGAGGACAACAUGCUCAGUGAACAUCUACAGAGUGCCAUCGACAGCAUCCUGGAGCUUCAGCGCCUGCAGGGCCCCUCUGCAGCCCCGACCAGGGCCACGUCAGGCCCUUCACUGGACCAGGCUGUCACCAGCAUCCUGGAGGGACACCUGUGAGGUAAUCUGCACCAACAGACGUCCACACAGAUGCAGAAACAUCUGUCUGAGGUGGGAUAACACAAAGGAAGGUGACUUCUUAUCUGUCCCCAGAACUUACAGAGAUUUUGUUUCUGGGUUUCAGAGAUUACGUUUAAGGAACUGAUUGUUUGAAAGAAGAGGGAGCAGGAAAAAAAUUAAGAGGCACUAUAAAGAGAUGCAUACCAGACAACAGCACUAUCUAUAGUCCGAUAGAUGUUAGAUACUUCAUUUUGAUGUACGUUUGUGGAAAAAAAAAUCUAUUUGAAUAGGAGCUAUAUUGUUUCAGUGGUAGUUAAGUCAUUCAGAGGUUUACGACACUGGUGUAACCUUCAUCAGCAUAUAGUAUAUAAGUAAUAGUGAGGAUAAACGAAAACGUGGAGUAGACUGAGAUUAUUCAAUAGUUUUUUAUAAGAUUUCUUUCAAAAAAAAUGUGAAGUUUCUUUUGCAUAGUGCCAAGCUUCCAGGGUAUUUAUUUUGAUAAUCUGUGCCAAUUGUGUUUUGCAUUGAGAAAGGCAGCGUGUGUGUGCGAGUGCGCGUGUGUGACAAAUGUGUGUGUGUGUGUCUUUAUUUGGAUCUAAAGAGAGUGUGUGAAAACAUUGCAUCCUGCGACGGGACAGUACAUGAGAAGCCCCGCAGGCUCCAUCAUCUCGGCUUAUCGAAUGAAACUCCAAAGAAUUUGUGACUUGCUACAUCCUGAAUACACCAGCAAACGUCCAUGUUGUCUCUUCCCACAAACUGGAGUCUGUCCUUGUUAAAGCAGAAAGAAACCAGAGAGGAACACAGAGAAAAAAAAAAAAGAAACAGGCAGAGUUGUGCUUUUUCUGUUGUCUUUAAGUUUGGACCCUUGUCAUUCACGCUGGAGUCUGACUGUGAAAUAUUUCUAGUUUUCAGAGACGAGAAUGGUUUCUCAUACUUUAUGUAUUAACAUGCAAGCAAUAAUGAGUUUGGGUUGUUAGGAGCAGUGGUGGUGCAGCGAGGAGGAGGAGAUCUUUGCCUGUCUUGCUUAGCGUCGGGACGAUCGUUUAUCAGGAACGAGGGAUGAUCGUUUUCUCAUCGAAGCCCGUGUAGUGUAGAAUCUGUGUCUGAGGGUCACUUAACGGCAUAAACGUUCACGCAAACGUCCAGUCUGAGAAAUAAAAACACCAAAUCUGCAGUUGUUUUCCACGACAGACACUGUACAGCCUCUCUGCAUCAUCAAACAGCCUUUGACCAAAAAGCUAGAGAAAUCAUCACAUGUUCACAUUUAAAACUCUCUUUAUUUAUUUAUUAACAUCUUGGUUUGAAGCCCGCUGUACUAAGCCGAAGAUUUAUUAUUUUCAUGCAGCCAUCGUGGAGCAAUAUGAUUUUAGCAGCAUCUUAUGUUAAUGUGACAAUCUUAUCGGUCUGUGUGAAGAUGUGAAAUCUGUUCAUAUGAAAAUACACAAGAGAGUUGAGAUCAUCUGUAUCGGUCGUACGACUCUCCCUCAUGAAACUCGUGCAAAAUGUUCUUUGUAGAUGGAUUUUAUCUUAAGGGUCAAAAUGUUACAGCUGCAAAAUGUCUUUGAUUUUUGUAAUAUAAAUUGAAAAAUGUGCUUCAAAUUUUAGCUUUUGAAGAUGCAGUUAGUGGUCGAGGUUUGACCUGCGAAUUGGGAAAACGUUUAGAAUAUGCCUUAUUGUAAAUUCAGUGUACCUUUAAGGAAAUGGAAUCUGCAGAGAAAAGAUCAUUAAUGUGGUGUUUUAAAUACUGUAACAUCUGGUGUUCUGAAAUGUGAAAGUAACUCGUCCCUUCGAAAAGAAAGAAAGAAAAAAAAAACUUCCAGAGAUUUGGGGCUAAAUCAAACAGGCCUUCUCAUUUCUUUGAAUUGCAUUGUCAUGGUUUUUUUUUUUAAUAUGUAAAAUUGUCUUUUGUUGGAAUGAACAAAAGGAGUUAUAAUAUGCAGUAAUUUAGUGUUGAAAUCCUCUGCAGUAGUACAGGGUGGACACACACUGGAAGAUUCAUAAAACACUAGUUGGAUAUUUUGGGGAAUACACUUUGAUGCUGCUCUCAUGUCUGCAUGCUAAACACAAAGCUAGGAGCUAGUUAGCUUAGCUUAGCUUAGCAUAAAGACUGGAAACAUGGGGAAACCGCUAGCCUAGCUCUGUCCAAACAUGGCUACAACAUGAUGUGUUACAGCGAAUUAUAUUUCAAACUAAUUUUUUUUAAUCAGUUGUUGCCUAGCAACAGCAUGGUGACCACAAGAUUUCAGUAAAUAGUGCAUACUUUGUCUUUUGUAUGGAUUAUAGACUGUGUCAAAGAAGUGGACGUAGCCCCCGGUUCUUGAAAGUGAAGCUAAUGUGAAGUGCCUUUAACCUGCAUUCUUUCUAUUGACCAGCAGGGGGCGACUCCAAUGGUUGCAGAAAGUCUUAUUUCAUAGAAGUCAAUGAGAAAAUGACCGUUUUUCACUUGAUUUUUUACCUCAGUAAACCAUUCCCUCGCGUGUUUAUGGUCUCAAUCACUAGUUUCUCUUCUUUCUUCUUCAUUACAACAUGAUGUUAUUCAGUAAAUUAUAGUCCCAUGUAGAAUAAAAACAGCUGUGCUCCUUUGUGAUUGACAAGUUGCCAUCAGGGCGACCUGUCAGUCACGAUAGAGGCAUAGCAAUGUGUAUCCUCCAUAGCUACACCCAAUCAUCCAAAUAUGGUCACUUCUAGCUCCAAUAAAAGACAAGAUGGUGACGGACAAAAUGUCAAACUCGAGGCUUCAAACACUGCACCCAUUUUGAAUGUCAUCACUUGAUUGAAUGGGUGUUAUCAGCUGAAAAUAAAUCGGUCAGAAGGGUCCUACUGAAGCUACUAGUAGCUUUGUAACACUGUAACACAGAUUUAGGUGCUCAAAACAAUGUGGUAAGGGUUAGAAAAACAGAUCAGGGUUUGGGUAUAAAUAAAUACUUUUCUAAAGUAGGGUAACAAACCUAUAUCUCGCUACAGAGAGGCAAAUGCCCAAUGGACCAAUGUGGGACCUCAUUUCUAAAAAAAUAUGUACGCUAGGUAAUGGCGAGAGACUUGUUUUUUCUUUUUGAUCCUGUUUAAAUUGUGCCAUGAAUUACAGGUAUGAUAUUUUCCACCCAAGAUGAAAAGAUAAUUUGCAAGUAGAAAAAGUCAGUUUGUCGUAAAACUGCUUCAGUAUAAGACUGUAAAAAAACGUAAUUAGAGAGACUACACAAGACCUGUAAGUGAGGCCAUAACUGUGUCUCUUGCUGACGCUAUAAUGCCUUUGUUUUUCAUAUGGGUCUUGCAUAUUCUUUCACUUCCUAGGUGAUACAAAGCCAGGGGUAUCAUUUAUAAAAAUUGCGUGCUCACAAAACAAGGCCUGAAAGAGGCGUGCGCCACUUCCCAUGCAAAAGUUGUGAUCUAUAAAAACGGAUUUGAUGGGAGCAAUUUUCACCCAUGCUUACGAACAUUUUAGAGACUGGAAAUUAGUGAUGUAGAUGAUGAGGUGGAAGCCUGAUUGUAGAAAUUGUAGAUCCUAGGUAUUGUUUUAUAAAUGAGACCCUGGGAAUGUAUGUUGUGCGUGAAGAGAAAUGUCGUUUGCCGUUUCACACAAAAAUAUAUGGUACCAUGACAAACUGCGAGUUCCUUGACUUGCAAAAUUAUCUUUUAGAUGGAUAAACGUGUAAUUUAUGGCACAAGUUAUUUAUCUCUUGCCGUUAACUACCAUACAUUGCUUCCAUCAACAUUACCACGACAACUAGAGGCCGCCUGACAAUAAACACGGCCAUUUAAUGGGCUGAUAAUGGCAUUAUGAGCCUACUAGUAGCUGUAGCAGGAUCCUUCUGACUCAUAUGUGGCUACUAACGCCAUUCAAUUGAGUGAUAGCUUCAAAGCGGUAGCUUCCGAACCAAUGGGUGAUGUCAUGGUUGCCAUGUCCACUUCUUUAACACAGUCUAUGGUCUGGAUUAAAUAAAUGGGACGUAACUUGUAAAUGAGUGAAAUGGCAGCAGGAUUUUGUUACCUGUCGACAGUGGUGUUCUGGCUGCCUCCUGUCUUUAUGCUAAGCUAACCAGCUAGCCACUGGCAGUACCGUUAGCUUCAUGCGGGACAAACGGACAUGAGAGCUCUAGCAGUCUUAGUAACUAACACCAGUGUGAGUUAGCAUGUUUCCCAAACUGUCCAUUCCUUUAACCGACUUUAAUCUUCAGGUGUGCGUCCGCCCUCAGAGGUUUCACUGUAAUGCAGUAAAGAUGUCAGAGUGUCUUUCACAACACAGGAUUGCACUCCUUGUCACCUGAACUUCUUAAAAAGGGGAAUUCCACCAAAAUGUUUAUUUUUCAGGAAUCAUUUCCCAACGUUUGCCCACAUUUAUCCUCUUUAAUACUUUAAAGGACUGAAGGAGAUGAAGAAGAAUAAUUUCUCCCGUUGAUGGAAUCCCCUUCGAUGAAGCAGCCUCAUGUGCCAUUGUUACUGUUGCAUCAUGUCUGCAGUGUCAAACACUGACCAUUAGAAAUGUGUUUAGUUUCGUCAGCAUCUUAGGACAAAGGGAUGACAUCUGCAUGUUGAGCCAUUUUGGUAUUUAUUUGUAAAUGUGUAUUUUUUAAUUUAUUUAUUUUAUGACUGAACUGUGAAACCAGGGGAGCUCAUAACUCUACACUAAUUCAGAUACAAAACAUUUGACUGACAGAUUGUUCUGAUGCCAAAAUCAAGAGGCCUUAAUUCAGCAAAACUAGAUUGUAAAAAAAAGAAAAUGUCAUUCCUGACAAAAAAAAUCCAACUAAAGACUCCUUUGACCUGAAAGUCACGAGUGAUUCAUAUAUGAAAUGUUAAGAAAACCGCUUUUGUACUCAUUUUUACAGACUAUUUAUUAAACU